AUGACUUCGCGCUUGGUCCUGGUCAUUGGUGACCUGUUCAUCCCUGACAGAGCUCCCGACCUUCCCGCAAAGUUCAAAAAACUCUUGACGCCGGGCAAGAUCGGCCAGAUUCUCUGUCUCGGUAACCUGACUGAUCGCAGCACAUACGAGUUUCUCCGGCAGGUGGCGCCUGAUCUACAACUGGUUAAGGGCGAUUUCGAUGUUGAUUCUCCGAAUCUACCUCUCUCGAAAGUGGUGACCCACGGUAGCCUGCGCAUCGGAUUCACUCAUGGCCAUACCAUCAUCCCCCCGGGCGACGCGGAUGCGCUUCUGAUCGCCGCACGUCAGAUGGAUGUGGACAUUCUGCUUUGGGGAGGUACCCACCGUUUCGAGGCGUUUGAACUGGAAGGCCGUUUCUUCAUCAACCCUGGUAGUGCUACGGGUGCGAUGAGCACAGGAUACUGGGCCGAGGGAGAUGAGCCCACCCCCAGUUUUUGUCUGAUGGAUAUCCAAGGAGAUGUUCUCGUACUCUAUGUCUACCAGUUGAAGACGGACGCCAAUGGGGCUGAGACAGUCGCGGUGGAGAAAGUAUCUUACCGCAAGAACAAUACUGCAUCUUCAUGA